AGCCCCGCCCUCUGCCCAGGACCCACAGCCGGGGUGGCCGCGGGAGCCACCUGGGGACUGGUCUGACGGCAUUCCGCCUCCCAGGAUAAAACCUGGGGCGACCUGCAGGGAAUCUACACACCCUGACCCGCAUCGCCCUGGGUCUCUCGAGCCUGCUGCCUGCUCCCCCGCCCCACCAGCCAUGGUGGUUUCUGGAGCGCCCCCAGCCCCGGGUGGGGGCUGUCUCGGCACCUUCACCUCCCUGCUGCUGCUGGCGUCGACAGCCAUCCUCAAUGCGGCCAGGAUACCUGUUCCCCCAGCCUGUGGGAAGCCCCAGCAGCUGAACCGGGUUGUGGGCGGCGAGGACAGCACUGACAGCGAGUGGCCCUGGAUCGUGAGCAUCCAGAAGAAUGGGACCCACCACUGCGCAGGUUCUCUGCUCACCAGCCGCUGGGUGAUCACUGCUGCCCACUGUUUCAAGGACAACCUGAACAAACCAUCCCUGUUCUCUGUGCUGCUGGGGGCCUGGCAGCUGGGGAACCCUGGCUCUCGGUCCCAGAAGGUGGGUGUUGCCUGGGUGCAGCCCCACCCUGUGUAUUCCUGGAAGGAGGGUGCCCGUGCGGACAUUGCCCUGGUGCGUCUCGAGCGCUCCAUACAGUUCUCAGAGCGGGUCCUGCCCAUCUGCCUACCUGAUGCCUCUAUCCACCUGCCUCCAAACACCCACUGCUGGAUCUCAGGCUGGGGGAGCAUCCAAGAUGGAGUUCCCUUGCCCCACCCUCAGACCCUGCAGAAGCUGAAGGUUCCUAUCAUCGACUCGGAAGUCUGCAGCCAUCUGUACUGGCGGGGAGCAGGACAGGGACCCAUCACUGAGGACAUGCUGUGUGCCGGCUACUUGGAGGGGGAGCGGGAUGCUUGUCUGGGCGACUCCGGGGGCCCCCUCAUGUGCCAGGUGGACGGCGCCUGGCUGCUGGCCGGCAUCAUCAGCUGGGGCGAGGGCUGUGCCGAGCGCAACAGGCCCGGGGUCUACAUCAGCCUCUCUGCGCACCGCUCCUGGGUGGAGAAGAUCGUGCAAGGGGUGCAGCUCCGCGGGCGCGCUCAGGGGGGUGGGGCCCUCAGGGCACCGAGCCAGGGCUCUGGGGCCGCCGCGCGCUCCUAGGGCGCAGCGGGACGCGGGGCUCGGAUCUGAAAGGCGGCCAGAUCCAGAUCUGGAUCUGGAUCUGCGGCGGUCUCGGGCGGUUUCCCCCGCCGUAAAUAGGCUCAUCUACCUCUGGGGGCCCGGACGGCUGCUGCGGAAAGGAAACCCCCUCCCCGACCCGCCCGACGGCCUCAGGCCCCGCCUCCAAGGCCUCAGGCCCCGCCCAACGGCCUCAUGUCCCCGCCCCCACGACUUCCGGCCCCGCCCCCGGGACCCAGCGCUUUAGUGUAUAUAAAUGUUAAUGAUUUUUAUAGCUAUUUGUAACCCUGCCCACAUAUCUUAUUUAUUCUUCCAAUUUCAAUAAAUUAUUUAUUCUCCA